AUUUACUUGACUGUUCGAAUUCCGGUCCCAACACGUCUUCUAUCAGCCCCGCCAUUAUCUUUAUAAGUGAUUAUGGCCGACAUAGAGAACUUUCCCAAAACCACCGACCUCGAAACUGCCGUUGACUUUGUUGCCGAGGAUGGCGUGUCUCCUGAACCUCAUGGUGAACAUGAGGCGUUUGUCGUGGUAGACCCAGAUCCAGUCACACAGGAUGAAGUUGGCCCGCCUGGUGAUGGUGCGGUGGAUGAUGUGAUUGAUCAAAUAGUCAUGCAGGAAGCCACGCAGCCCGGCGACACGCUUAAGGAUGCUGCACCUGCCACAAAGCCGGAGGUGACUAAGAAGCUUACUGCUCCCAAGGUCGUUGUGAAAGUAGGGAAGGACAAACCAGUCAUAUCCGCUAAAGCUGUUCCGACAAAAUCUGCACCGCCUACGCCAACCGUGAAGAAGAUAUUGAAUUCUGGCACGUUUGGAUCUGGUGCUACGAAACUAAGCCCUGGGAGCAAGGUUCCUACUGCAACUCCUCUCACUCUUUCGAAAACCGCCCCUUCUGCUCCCUCAUCUUUGAGGAAAUCUAUCAGCACUUCCUCUGCCAAUUCGCCAGUAAAGACAGCGCCAACAAUGGCGUCUUCCAGAAGCCCUCCCGCUCCCCCACCCCGACGAUCAUCCGUGCUCCCUCCAAGGGCGCCAUCUGCUACGGGCAACCCUCCGCCACCAAAGUCGAGGGGUACUUUAUUAUCGUCCCUGACAGGUUCCAUGUCUUCCAAACCUCCUCCAGCAGAAGCCAGCGCACCUUCGCGCUCUUCUGUCGUUUCUCCUUCUAGUUCUGUUGCAUCGUUGAGGUCCAAUGCCGCUGCCUCUCGUCCUCGUACUUCAAUAUCAGACGUUGUGAGGAGAACACCUUCAUCAUCAUCCAUGAAGGGAAACUCUUCGGCGGUGGCCCCUGCCCGGCAGGCUAGUUCAAUUUCAUCCAUUCGAGAAGUUAACGAUGGAAAACCUCUGGAGGAGAUGCAACAGAAACUCAAAGAGGCAAUGGAUGCGCUUUCAGUAAAAACGCAGGCAGUUGCUGACCUUUCAGCGACUCUGGAUGCGGCUCGUGCAGAUGCUGUGGCAAGUCAAUCUUCAUUUCUGUUGCUGCAGCAAGAAAGGGCUGCUGCAGUGUCGGACCUGCAAGUACUCAACGCCGCUUUGCAACAAGAUCGCGCUGAACAUUCGCGGGUUCUUGUUCUCCUCGAGUCCAUGAAGCGAGAACUUGAUGCGGCAAAGUUAGCAUCAUUUAACCACACCAGUGUCGUUUACAACCUCCAAAACCAAGUACAAUCUCUCACAGCUGAAGUGGCUGCGGCUCGCGAGAACCUUGAGACUCUACGCGCCUCAAGUGAGAAAUCUUCUUCCGAAGCGGCAGCAGCAGCUCAAAGCGAGCGCGAGGCUGUUCUUAGGGCAAGGACCGACUACGAAACUAUCAGCGCGGAAUUGGAAACGUUGAAGGCCUCUCACGCUUCUACAAUUCAAGAUCUCCACGUCAGGUCGAGUGAAGCCCAGGAGCGAGCCGCUGAUGCAGACGCUCUCGAAGCCCAGGUCAGGCAACUCAAGGCAGAGCGCGAGGAAAACGUGAACAAGCUUUCAGAACUGGAGGUCGAGAUUUUGGAGUUGAAGGAGAGUCAAGAGCAAGCAGAGGACGAGCAUGCCAAGGUACUUGACCGCUUCCAAAGGCUGGAGGAGGAACUGGUCCAUGCCGCUGCGGCCACUCAGAGUGCUCUUGCUGCAUCUAAAGUCAGAGAAGGGCAACACGCUGAACAGUUAGCUGAGGUCAAGGGAGCUCAUAGUGACGAGCUGCAGGCCGCCAACGAUGAGCUCUCCGAUGUUGUCGCCGACCUUGCGGCAUUGCGGGAAGAGUUCGCUGCUGCUCAUGCAGCUCAUGAGCAGACGAAGAUCGAAGCUCAAAAUACCGCUGAGGAGCACGAGCGUCAGAUUGAGGAGACCGAAAGUGAAUUUUUCUCGAAGCAUCUUGAACUUUCGGAGGAGAUCAAGAGAAUCACUGUCGAGCUGGAGAGUCAAGAAGCACACUACAAUGCUAAAGUUGACGCUGUCAAGGCCGAGCACGAUUUGCUCUUGCAAGAGGCAUUUGAGCGCGCCAAGAAUGAAGCUGCAGAUGUGCAUGCCGAAGACCUUCAAGCGCUCCGUGUUGAAUCACAAGCGACGAUCGAACAACUCCGUGCUGCCCACCAGUCGACGGUGGAUGGACUGAAAGCAGACCAUGAUGACGUUCUUGUGUCGCAGGUCGGCGAACUGGAGAAGAAAUUGAGUAAUCAGAGCCUCGAGCUACGUGCUACGCAAGACGAUCUCGCCAAAGCCAAGGCAGCGCUAGAGUCCUCGCGGUCUGACACGGAAAGCCUCAAAGCGCAGCUUGAGGAUGCCCGGGCGGCAUUCGUCGCCGCCUCUGCCUCUGCUGACCAGGCGUCCGAGAUCGAUCGCCUGACGAAAGAACUUGCCAACUUCCGUGAUGAAAAUGUCAUGCUCAAUGACGUUCUUGCCGUCACAAAGGAAUCGCUUUCAGAAAUGACUUCUAAUCACACCAAAGAGCUCGAGGAAGCGGCUCGUGGACGUGUCGAAGACGUCAUGAGCCUCCGUGCUACUCAUGAAGAGGAGAUCGGCAGGCUUGCGGCGCAGAAAUCAGAGCUGUCGCUUAAACUUUCCGACUUGGAGGGAGAGAUUGCUACGCUCCAGGCACAGAUUGCUACUGAGGCUGCGGCUGCACCGAGAAACAACGGGGCAAUGUCCCCGUCCUUGACUAUGGUCACCAGGGAGGAGCUCCAGAGAGUGCACGAGGCGCAUAACAUGAAAAUGCAAGACGUAGUGGCUGACCAUGAGCGCAUCGCCAGGGAUCUCAGGAAUGAAAUUGACGGACUCCAGAACAAGCUGGACGAGGUCCACCAAGACAUCGCACGCAAAUCGAUGGAGAUCCAGUAUCUUGAGCAAGAACAAGAAGAGAGCCAAGACUCUAUCACUCGGUAUGUCAAGGUCUUUGGACUUCAAAGUGUAUUUGGAGUAGUGAUCGCGCUGGCCGUGAUUUUCGACUUUAUUUGAUUGUUCUGACUUUUCU